UCUCUCUCUCUCUCUCUCUCUCUCUCUCUCUCUCUCUCUCUCUCUCUCUGUGUCUUUCUCUUUGUCUCUCUCUCCUUUUGUGUGCACCAGUAUCCCCUGUGUGUGAGUGUGUCUCAUGUGGUCGCUGAGUCACAUAACACACUAACAGUCUACUUUUAUUGAGAGAGUGGCCAUUGUUGUUUUAUCCAAAACACAUUUGGUUGGGGUAGGCUCCAUUUAAAUUCAGCCAGAACCGGAAGUGAUUUGAAAUUCCUAUUCAAGAAUCGAAAAAUCCUAAUUGACAAUAAUAACUCUGAUUGGAUUUCAAUUCAAUUCCUGGUUUGACUGUAUUGUAAUGGUAUCGGCUUGCCCAGCCAUGUAACUAAACUCUCCAACCUUUCACCUUUCACCCCUAAUUGUACAAAUACUGUACAAUUGAAUAUUAGUCUAGGUUGCAUGUUUACAUUCUAAAUUGUAUGUGAUGGAACGUUUGCUUUCAACAUGGUAUCCACAUCUUUCAGUGGAUUCCCUAAAACAUGUCUCUGGUUCAUUGAAUCUGUAUAUCUGUGUGUUUGGGCUUUGACAUUGGGCUGUCAUUAACGUCUUUUAAAUUAAACUUAAUGUAAUUAAAGUAUUGACGAUGUACCAAGAAUCUACACAUGGACAUCAUUAUUUUCCAACAAUACUACCAAAGACCUCACGUACUUGUCUGAAGUCUAGCCCAUGAGGUCAUGGCGAGUACGGCACCACAAUAUAAUAAUAAUAAGCACCAUAUUUUAAACAACAUCAAGGUAAUAUCCAAGCAAUACAACAGGAUUAUGUUCCAUGAUGAAUGUCUCUUCUAUUCCUGUCACAUGAAUACAUUACUCAACACUAAUAACCCCAUGGAUUCAUCAUUACCACUGUAUUACAUGACAGAAAAUAUGAUGAUAAUGGUCAUUGAAAUCAAUACAUUGAAAGCAAUGCAAUGUUAUCGCUAGAAUGCUCAUUUUAAACCACAUUGAAGGCCUCUCGUUUCGUGCUCCUUGUAGCUUGAUCUGUCAACAUUUACAUUUUGAGAAGAAACCUUUUGAUGGGAGUGCAAUAUUUUUAUUCAAGGCCUCGCUCUGUGAAUAAAAUAUAUUGUUGACCUUUGACCCUUGUGGUUUUACCCUGUUUUUUUCUACUUUCCUUCCCUCCUUCCUUCCCUCGUUCACCCAUGGGGAUGCAUCUAUCUUUCACAUACUCUCUCUGCGGGGAUUUUGUCCACUCCAGGGGACGAGGGCAAGUAUUUUUUCUCCUCUUGUCUCUCUCCUCCUGUUCGAAGAGUCGUGCCUGUCUGCCGUUUUUCCCAGCAUGCAUAGGGAAGUGAUUCCCACGCCAAGGUUCCAUGUCGCCCACACAACCUGAUUUACAUCUGUUCAUUAGAGAUUGUCUCAUACUUUAUUUUUCUCUGCUGUACACUGCUGUCCGUAGAUUUUUCUAGACCUAGUUCUAGUCACCAUCAACUAAGUAUAAACCCUUUACAUAGAGCGUAUUUCCUGCAUUGUCUUCUAUGCUGCCAAACCUAGUCUUUACCAUAGUAUUUACCACCUUUAAGAUACAAACUUCUAUGAGCCAAGCUCUUUGGGUGGACGUGGUGGUACGGUCACCCUGUGACGAUGGACAGAGGAAUGUAUACCCCCACCAUGCUUUAAAAUGAGGAGUUGACAGACAACACUUAACUUACAUUCAUCAAAGCUGUAUGUCACUAUCAGACAUGGAGUCAUGUGUCUAUACUAACUGUGGACCGUCUAGGACUGGGGAUUGUCUUCAUGAUGUCUGAAUCACCAUGGCCCGUCAGUUGACAGUCUACAGUCUCUGACAGAAGUCAUUUGAUCCAUCAGCCAUGACUCUCAUCAGCAUCCGUAUCAAUCAAUGGUCAUCAUGUUAACUUGACAUGAGUUAGGUGUGAUACUCUUCUUCCGGUUCCAAGGUCUGCGUAUAUGAAUAGCACAGAGAGAUGUUUGUAGGACUCACAGCUUUCUGCUCUUCUACAGUCUCUGAAAGCCUGCAGGAAGACAAGUUUGAGGAGUAUGGAUACACUCUCAUUGCACCAAGGGAGUACUGUAAGGAUCUGAAGCCGUCUAAAAACAACACAGAGUUCCUGAUGGACUUCAACGAGUACAUCGACAGGAAGACUCCCAACAACCCACUGUGCAACGUGGAUCUGGUGAACAGAUUGUUGCUGGACGCUGGCAUCACAUCAGACCUCGUUAAGCAGUGGAGAGAUCAGAUGCCAAAUGGAGUCCUGGCCAGGUUUGUGGCCACUGAUGGAGGAAUCACUCGCAUUUAUCCCAAGAGUGCUGGACUAGACUGGACAGAGGACCCAGAGACGUACGAGUCAAGCUUCUAUAAGAGAAGUCUGGACAAUGACAUCUACAUCUUCACACCAACACCCUACCAGGAGGACACCAACAUGACUGAGGACUCAGUCCUGGUGAGCAGAGCAGUGAACCUGGACAUUGAUGGAGUCAGACUCAAACCAGCAGUUGUGGGAGUGAAACUGGACAUCAAUACCUGGAUGACCAACUUCAUCAAUGCUACUCUGAAGAUGAACUGUAAGGACGAGAUCUGUGGUUGUCAGAGGAAUGAUGAGCAUGUGGACUGUGUCAUCCUGGAUGAUGGGGGAUUCCUAGUCAUGGCCAAUCGGGAUGAAUACAUCGGUCAGAUCGGCCAGUUCUUCGGGAUGAUCGACCCUAUCCUCAUGGUCAACCUGGUCAACAUGUCUCUGUUCACGCUCAACAAGACAUACGACUACCAGUCGGUCUGCGACCCCAAGAGGGAGAGCAAGGGGUCCGCGGCGGGCCUGCGCUCAGUCUACGUGCCCACCAUAGCAGACAUUUUGAACGUUGGAUGGUUAGCAUCAGCAGCAGCCUGGUCGAUACUACAGCAAUUAUUGGUUAGCAUAGCAUUCCCUAAUUUCCUGCACGCAGCAGACACUGAUGACGAAAUACCUGACAUGUCCAAGGAGAGCUGUAUCACGGAGCAGACUCAAUACUUCUAUGACAACGAGGAAAAGUCCUUCAGAGGAACACUAGACUGUGAAAACUGCUCCAGGAUGUUCCAUGCUGAGAAGCUGUGGAAGACCAACCUGGUGUUCGUCAUCGCCGACGCCAAGCUCACCUGCAUGUCAUGUGACCACAAGCCCUUAAUACAGGCCGAGCAGCCUUCUGAGGGACCAGACCCAUGUGAAAUGGCUGAGAAACCAAGGUUCCGAAAAGGUCCAGAUGCCUGUUUCGACAACAACGAGAGGGAUGAGCACAUGUGCCCGAGGAGCGCAGGCUCUCCAUUGGCCUCCUCUCUGCUCAUGUUACUGCCGCCACUGUUCAUGUGCUGUCUCGGGAGGAGGACUUUGACUGUGGUGGGGCGUCCGCUCUGAGCCCGUCCCUGUUGGCCAUGGUGGCGCUGCAGCUGGCCCUGCUCUGGCUCCUGGCCGGCUCAACUCACCACGCCGUCCCCUCGUGACCUCUGAAGACCUCGGUUGCCCCCGGCAACCGGCAUGCCAUACCGCCUCAAAACGCCGAACGCUAAAACGCUAAAACAUCUGAAACCACUUCCUGACAGAUCUUCCUUUGGGAUAUUUGCGUUUUUCAAGGGUUUCGUUACAUUUCUUCACCCAGGGGUGGGAGAAAGUGAGGAAAGUUAACAUAAAAAGAUUUCUAAACGAGAACUUUCAUCCCUGACCCCUGACUUUUCCCCUCCAGCCAUCUGAGCUUCCAGCCAUCUGAGCUUAGGGAGAUCGAGGUGAUUGAGUGGUGAACUUUGACCUUUGUUUGGCUCGACGAUGACAACCCUGCGAAUGCUACAGGUUGGACUGCCUUACCGUGCCAGGGGGAAAGUGAAAGGACUGCCUCUUCCUUUUGGGUUCCUUUUAGGUUUUUGUGGUUUUUGUGAUGUUCUAAAAGAGAUCCCCGUUGAUUUUUAUUCAACACUGCCAGAAACAGUGCUGCCCUUCGCAACAGUCCCGUUGUGUUUGUCACAAAGUUAUUUAUUUAUUUCUAAACGUUUUGCAGUGGCUUGUUACUCAGUAUUGAAAUGUGUGUUUGUUUUGUUCAAGUUGCAAUAAGUUGUUAAAUAGGAAGUCAGAAAUCAGAAUGUUUUUUUAUUUUACACUGGGGUGCUGUUGGCAUUAUUCUGCUAGUUUCAACUCCCAUUUAAAAGUAGCAACACAUUUACAUUCACGCUGCUGUCCUUGUAUAGAUGUGGUGUACAACGAUCAUAUUCAUUCACAUACAUGUGGUCACAUAUGAACCCUUUUGUCCCCACUCACUGUCCCCUGUUUGAAGUGAUGGAUCCCUUUCUGUUUGCGGUCAACCACUUCUCCCUCAACCUUGACCACAAAUGGUCAAUGUCAGGUCCUACCAUCUUGGUAUCUGGUCCCUCUGAACUAACCAUCAUUGCCAAAGUGCAAUUGACCAAUCAGGGCACCCCGGCUGGCCUCUAGUGCGCUCAUUGGUCUAAUCUCUAGUGCCAUGUUGAUUCUUAGUCAGACAAACCCUUUAGCUUUUUUUAUUUGACUGUGUGACUACUGACCUGAAGGAAACUUGAUGUGUUUGGUAUUUAUUUGAAUAUUUAAGUUUGUUAUUAGAAUGAAGGGCAUAGCUGCAUGCUAGUGUGUAAUGUUGGCUUUAAUGACAUUCUUUUUUUGAUUGAUUUCAAUGCGUCAAUGCAAUGCAUAUAAAAUGAAGAGAAAGAGUAGAGGGGGUGGAGGAAAUGUAGACUUGGUACAUGACAGUUUAUUUGUGCUUUCUCAUGUGUCUCUUCUUGAUUUGAGUAUCGUUGAAUACGUGACCUGCAACUACAAGGAUCUGUCUUUCUCACAAUGUUCUGCUCGCUAUUGAAGAGAACAUUUCCCCAAAUCAAAAACAAUUGCACCUCGUUGCAAAGUGAAUUUCCCCCUUAAAACGUAAAUUGCUUUAAGACCUAUUGGAAAUGUCUAUCAAUACACUCCAAUCUAAAUUCAUUCAUAUCAGUGUGGAUAUCAGUCCUGUUGUACUUUCUUAGUUUUUGUGUGUCUUGUGGUUCUGGUACUUUAAUAACUUUAUGAAUUAGAGAUUCAAGACAGAUUGACAAUAGGAUUCUGUCUUUCUGAGUGUACUAUACUAUGGUAUAUACUACUAUGUAUAUACUAUACUAUGGUAUACACCUGCUAACUCAUUUCCCCACAAGAACAGCUACCAACAUACUACAUGAGAAAUAACAGAAAUGUGCCUCGUUUUAUUCAGGACCAAAUCUGGACCCGUCAAUCAUCCUAGCCAAAUGAUUAUGCAGUGGAAUAACUUUGAGUGAAAGAGACAUAAAGGUUACGUUUCUUUAUUCAACGUUGUAGAAAAAACGGUUUUAUUAAAAUGCGGUUUUAUUAUCAUGUCAGAAUAUCAACAAUUCCUCUCUAAAUUGAUUGUAUUCAUUUAAUUUUUGAACAUGAUUCAAAAGAGGGACAUGGUAGAUAUGCUGUGCUUUUUAAAAAAAAAUGUUUUAUUUGUGAUGCAAUUCAGCUUGUUCGACUGGGACGUGAUCUGAUGGUCGAUUUAGUGUUACUGAUCUGUUGUAGAGCAAAUAUAGAGGAGUUCCUGGCACUGAAUUGACCUCUUAAGCACUAAACAAGAUAAUUUCAGACAAUCGAUUCGAUAACAAUUGACAAUCAUAGUAUCCGAUAACUUGCUUAAGACUUGUAUUAGUAAUACUUCAUUGAAUUAAUUGCUGUAAAUGAAAAUGCAAACAACUGCCAAAACAGGGACUUUAAAGGAGCCUUGGGGUCAGAAACAUUCACACAUAGUUUCCUUUGAAAACAGAGGCAUAUGGACUCAGGAAACCACAUAGUCAAUUCAGUGUAGAGUUGGGAAACUACAUGAUUACGCUGUGUGGUCUCUAGUGCCAUUCAAAUACUUCUCCCACACCUCAUUAUCAUUGCUUAAAUUAGAAUUACAAAGCCUUCUUACGUCAACCAGAAUAAAAUCCAUCUGGACCUUUUCAAUUUCUCUGAAACACUGAAGAGGAAAGGGAUUUUUGUUAUGAUCCCAGUCUUAAGCUAUGAUUAUUUGCCAAUAUGUUAUGUGGUGAAACUCGAGCAGCAUCACCAAAGGUGGACUGCUGUCAUGUGAGGUGACAUUUAGGGUCCCGUAUUGGUUGUUUCAAUGUUCUGUGGGGAAACUAACUAACAUCCUGUAUUUAAGACCCUCAAUAUCUAAGAAUAUUCAAGAAUAUCAAGUGCCAUAGGACUCUCUUUCUCUGUUUACCGGGAAACCUAUUACUAACGUUUAUGCAACGUUUAGGAUUGAAUAAGUGCAAAUCUCAUCUAUUUUCCCUGUGUUGCAUGAUAAUGCCAUGAUACUGUAUCAGUGGCAGGCAAUGAGAUAAAGUACCCUCUUUCUUCUCCUGCUUUGGUAUGUAUUGUUGGGAUGGGAAGCAUAAUACCGUGGGUUUGUUGGGUGUUUGUUUAUGAUAUGAUAACGAUACAGCUUCUACUGCCUUUCUCUUGAGGAGACAGCAUUUGGUACCGCCCUGAUCUGAGUGAGCGCAGUGGCCUAGCGGUUAGAGCGUUGGGCCAGUAACCGAGAUGUCACUGGUUUGAAUGCACGAGCCGACAAGGUUAAAAAUCGGUCAAUUUGCCCUUGAGCAAGGCACUUAACCCUAAUUUGCUCCAGGGGCGCUGUACUACUAUGGCUGACCCUGUAAAACAACACAGUUCCCUGCACCUCUCCGGUGUAUGUGACAAUAGAUAUGUUUUCCUCUGUCACAGGUUGUCACAUUCAAGACCAGACUAGACCCUUGGGAAAUGGUGUCUGGUUAUUUCAUGCCACUCUAAGGGCUAAAAUCAGAUGCUGUCACCUCAGGCAUAACAUAUUAGCAGAGUGAUUGGAAGUGUUUUUUGAUGCUGUGGUGCUCUCUGUGUGGAUUGUGUGGGUUAUGCUUUUUCUGGACACUUUUUUGUUAUCAUGAACUCUCAGUGUGUUUUAAGGGGAGUGUUCCAUGCCUGCCACACUAUGUCAGGCUAUUGGUGGGACCGCCCCCCAAUCUUUCUCUGCCAGCGUUUUCAUGGCAGACCAUUGGUGGACAUGUCCACUAAUCUCCCCUUGUCAGCCUCCCUUUUGACAGGCUAUUGGUGGGCCUCUGCAUCAAUCUCUCUUGAUUGUGCUUUUAAGAUGUUACACUUUUGUGGAACUUGAUUCACCUGAAUCAGUCAUGUAUAAAUUUGUACAAUACUGUUAUUAGUCUCGGACGAAAGAAAGAAAAUAGUCAUGUUUAUAAUCCUGGAAAAUGCUUAUUCAUGUGCAAAUACAGUAUAUUCAGAAUAAAACUUCCUCAUUAGCUAUUGAAUGGUGUCCUCUUCCAGUUCUGGGCCCUUUCCUCCUCAACCCAGAUUGACUUACUGUUACUGUAACGUUGCCAAAACACAUUUCCCACUUUUCCCCACAAUGUGUGUGAGAAACUGAAAGAAGCUGCAGUCUGCUAUCCCAGUGUCCCCCAGUGACUCCCACCGGCCAAUCAGAGAGGAGAAUUGAGGCCGGGCCAACAACAAAAUCCAGUUGUGAAAGUGAAGAAUAUCUAUAUCUCUCUGUGGUUAUGACACUGAAUAUGCUUAAGGGACACAUUUACAGUUGAAGUUGGAAGUUUACAUACACAUAAGCCAAAUACAUUUAAACUCAGUUUUUCACAAUUCCUGACAUUUAAUCCAAGUAAUAAUUUCCUGUAUUAGAUCAGUUAGGAUCACCACUUUAUUUUAAGAAUGUGAAAUGUCAGAAUAAUAGUAGAGAGAGUGAUUUUAUUUCAGCUUUUAUUUCUUUCAUCACAUUCCCAGUGGGUCUCAAGUUUACAAUAAACAGAAUUAGUAUUUGAUAUCAUUGCCUUUAAAUUGUUUAACUUGAGUCAAACGUUUUGGGUAACCUUCCACAAGAUUCCCACAAUAAGUUGUGUGAAUUUUGGCCCCUUCCUCUAGAACAGAGCUGGUGUAACUGAGUCAGGUUUGUAGGCCUCCUUGCUCGCACAUGUUUUUUCAGUUCUACCCACAAAUUCUCUAUGAGAUUGAAGUCAGGGCUUUGUGAUGGCCAUUGUCCUUAAGCCAUUUUGCCACAACUUUGGAAGUAUGCUUGGGGUCAUUGUCCAUUUGGAAGACCCAUUUGCGACUAAGCUUUAACUUCCUGACUGAUGUCUUGAGAUGUUGCUUCAAUAUAUCCACAUAACUUUCCCGCCUCAUGAUACCAUCUAUUUUGUGAAGUGCACCAGUCCCUCCUGCAGAAAAAGCACCACACAACAUGACGCUGCCAUCCCCGUGCUUCACGGUUGGGAUGGUGUUCUUCGGCUUGCAAGCCUCGCCCUUUUUCCUCUAAACAUAACGAUGGUCAUUAUCGCCAAACAGUUCUAUUUUUGUUUCAUCAGAACAGAGGACAUUUCUCCAAAAAGUAUGAUCUUUGUCCCCAUGUGCAGUUGCAAACUGUAGUUUGGCUUUUUUAUGGCAGUUGUGGAGCAGUGGCCUCUUCCUUGCUGAGCGACCUUUCAGGUUAUUUCGAUAUAGGACUUGUUUUACUGUGGAUAUAGAUACUUUUGUACCUGUUUCCUCCAGCAUCUUCACAAGGUCCUUUGGGUGUUCUUCUAGGAUUGAUUUGCACUUUUCGCACCAAAGUAUGUAUAUCUCUUGGAGACAGAAUGUGUCUCCUUCCUGAGCGGUAUGACGGCUGCGUGGUCCCAUGGUGUUUAUACUUGCAUACUAUUGUUUGUACAAAUGAACAUGGUACCUUCAGGCAUUUGGAAAUUGCUCCCAAGGAUGAACCAGACUUGUGGAGGUCUACAAAAAAAAUCUGAGGUCUUGGCUGAUUUAUUUAGAUUUUUCCUAUGAUGUCAAGUAAAGAGGCACUGAGUUUGAAGGUAGGCCUUGAAAUACAUCCACAGGUACACCUCCAAUUGACUCAAAUUAUGUCAACUUCUGACAAUUGUUGGAAAAAUGACUUGUGUCAUGCACAAAGUAGAUGUCCUAACCGACUUGCCAAAACUGUAGUUUGUUAACAAGAAAUUUGUGGAAUGGUUGAAAAGAGAGUUUUAAUUACUCCAACAUACAGUGCCUUGCGAAAGUAUUCGGCCCCCUUGAACUUUGCGACCUUUUGCCACAUUUCAGGCUUCAAACAUAAAGAUAUAAAACUGUAUUUUUUUGUGAAGAAUCAACAAGUGGGGGAAAAAAAUUCAGUCUCUCGAUGUGCAAAACUGAUAGACAUACCCCAAGCGACUUACAGCUGUAAUCGUAGCAAAAGGUGGCGCUACAAGGUAUUAACUUAAGGGGGCUGAAUAAUUUUGCACGCCCAAUUUUUCAGUUUUUGAUUUGUUAAAAAAGUUUGAAAUAUCCAAUAAAUGUUGUUCCACUUCAUGAUUGUGUCCCACUUGUUGUUGAUUCUUCACCAAAAAAUACAGUUUUAUAUCUUUAUGUUUGAAGCCUGAAAUGUGGCAAAAUGUCGCAAAGUUCAAGGGGGCCGAAUACUUUCGCAAGGCACUGUAUACGGAGACUUGAUUACACGCAGGUGGAUUGUAUUUAUCAUCAUUAGUCAUUUAGGUCAACAUUGGAUCAUUCAGAGAUCCUCACUGAACGUCUGGAGAGAGUUUGCUGCACUGAAAGUAAAGGGGCUGAAUAAUUUUGCACGCCCAAUUUUUCAGUUUUUGAUUUGUUAAAAAAGUUUGAAAUAUCCAAUAAAUGUCGUUCCACUUCA